AAAAAAAAAAAAAAAGAAGAAAAAUUCAAAACCAUUAUAAGUUUUCUGCUGUUGCUGUUGUUUCUUGGUGCCACAGUAUAAUGCAAUGAACUCCUACUCUCUCCAGUUUUGCAUUUAUGGGCUGUUUGAUUGUUGAGAAACUGCCGAUUGGUGAGAAUUUUAAUAGAUUCGCGUUGCAUUGACUGCAGAUCUUGAGUUUUGUUGUAUAGAGAGAAUAUGGAGAAGGAAAAGAAGAGUCAAAGAGGUGCAGAGACAGAUUUUGUGUUACAAUGGGGGACAAAAAAGAGGCUUAGAUGUGUGAAAGUGAAAAAAGAUAGAAACUUAGCCAACACAUCCAAACCAACAGAUUCUUUGCCAAAGAAGAAACUUACAUCACGCAUUAUUACUGCUGAGAAAGAAUCGCCCUCUCGUGCUAUCAAGAAUUCUGACUUAAUGAACAAUAGGAAGUCAUCGGUAUUAUCGCCAGAGAAGGAAGAUCGAUAUUACACGACAAGGGGAUCAUUGGGAUUGGAUGAUAGUGGGAAACUUUUGAUUGAUAACGUGAAGGAAGAGAAGGGAUUUGUUUGGCCUAAGUUGUUUAUUACAUUGUCCAGCAAAGAGAAGGAAGAGGAUUUCAUGGCUAUGAAAGGCUGCAAGCCUCCUCAAAGGCCUAAGAAAAGAGCUAAGCUAAUACAAAAAACACUACUUUUGGUGAGUCCAGGUGCAUGGUUAACCGAUUUGUGUCAAGAAAGGUAUGAAGUGAGGGAGAAAAAGGCUUCCAAAAAGAGACCUAGAGGAUUGAAGGCAAUGGGGAGUAUGGAAAGUGAUUCAGAAUGAGAGAUUUAAUGUAAGAGGCAAGAAAAUUUCUGUUUUUGGUAGGUAGGAGAGACUAGUAUAAAAGAAAACAUAGAAUUUCUUUUCUUUUUCACGAAAAGAAAAAAAAGAGAGAAAAGAGAAAGCAGGAAAAAUUAAUAGCGAUUAGGGGUCUCUCUUCUGUUGUUUGUUUUGUACCAAUGGCCUUUUUUAGCCAAUUUAAUGUCAUGAAUAUAAAUUAAAGUUAUAUUUUUCCUCUUGGUUAUGCUUU